AUGUCGAAGAAGAACGAUUUAGCUCGUAGAAAGAGACAACACGAAUUCGAGCUUAAACGUGAGAAAGAACAGAAAGAAAAGCAACAGAAGAAGCUUCAAGCCAAGAAAAACAAGAUGAAAGUUGAUGGUAAAGACAAGAAAAAGAAGAAAGGUGGAAGUGGGUUUCAAGUAGGGAAGAGAAAGGUGAAGACCAAAUUGAGCGCAUUGGCGAAAGCUAAAGCUGAUCAAGCAAUGGAGCUUGAUAAUUGA